AUGGCAGACGCUACUCCAGCUACCCCUCACGAGAAGAAGAAAGUCAAACCUAAGGGUGAGAAGAAGCCGAAGACAGUUCCAUCGCAUCCCGUUUAUGCUGCCAUGAUUAAGGCGGCCAUUAAGGAACUUAAGGAUCGCAAAGGAGCCUCAAAGCAAGCUAUCUCGAAGUUUAUCCAGCAGAAAUACAAGCUCAGUGAUAAUGACAAGAAGAUCAAUGCCCAUCUUCGUAUGGGUCUUAAGAAAGGUGUUAGCAGUGGAACACUCAAACAAACUAGUGGAAGCGGAGCUAGCGGCCGAUUCCGUUUGGCCGAAAAAGGCGAAGGCGCUGAAAAUGUGAAGCCAAAGGUCGCCAAGAGAUCGAAGUCGGCCGGAUCACCCAGAAAAGCGGCAGCGAAACCAAAAAAGGUCAGGAAAGAAAAAUGCGAUUCAAUUCCAGUUGUUAAGGCUAAGACUCCAAGAAAAUCGAAGUCCCCGAAGAAGGCUGCCAAGUUGUUGUCGCCGAAGAAGUCGAUUGUUAAGAAAACCACGAAGCCGAAAUCUCCGAAAAAGCCAACCGUAAAGAAAGCAGCUGCUCCGAAAGUGUAA